AUGGGCGUUCGAGCUUCUCUCGCUCUGGCCGUCGUUGUCUUGGUUCUACCUAGUAGAUCCCAGAAUCCAACCCCUGAGAACCUAGAUCCGUGCCUGGAUUCUGGCGUUCUUGCCGCAAAAUGGGUUGAUGACAAUUUCGUCCACCCAAACUACGUCCCGGCAACGACGGAGGAAAGACCUAUUAUCGCUCAGAGAAUCUUGGAUCAACCCCAGACUUCAGAGACUGGCAUGUCAUAUGAGACUAACCUCCAGCAGACCAGCGUACUCUACAUGACGGGAGUCAUCGUUGACUUACUGCAGGCUGACGUCCUGAAGACUGGAGCGCCGGAAGACUUGCCCCGAUCCCUUGGACUUACCGACUUCCAAACAGGGAGAAAGAACAACAAUUCGGUUCUCUGCAGUGAAACCCACAAUGGCGCAAUCAACCUCUACGCCACCGGAGCCGGAACGACGGCCACCCUUGACGCACCCCGACUGUACAGCAGCGGUCCGGGAGCCAUUGGUCUCUUUGCCAUCCGGGGGGCCAGUCUGGAUGUCACCAAUCUCCGCCACUGCUCGGGUGGCUACCGAUCACCUACCCUCGCGGGUCUCAAUAUCGACAGCCGUGGGGGCGUCGCCCACACCACUGGCCCGGGGUCGCCAUUAAUCUACUCCCUGGGGCGAACCAUGUCAUCUAACUUGACUGGUUGGGCCGAUAGAUCCCCCGCCAUCAUCAUGGAGGGACCUCAGUAUGUACAUCUGAACGGUUCUACCAUCACUUCGGGAACCAUCAGCGGGUUUCUAUUCUUCGAUUGGUCCAUCACUGCACAGCAUGGCGUCGGAACGCUGGAGGCGACUUUUCUCAAUCUUACGGUUCGCGAGGGCCCAGCCUUUUACCUGGCAACGUUUUCCGCCGAGAUCGUCUUGGUGGAUGCAAGGAUAUACAAUCCUUCAGGAAUUCUGCUCCUAGCGGAUACGAACACAGCAUCCCGGGACCUCGAGAGGAUCGAGCCACAGCUUUGGAGCGGGAGCCCAAUCUCUUCCAACUCCUCCCUGACGCUGAUGGGUUCGGAUGGAAUUUCUGGGGACAUUGUCACCCGGGGUGCCUGUACCAUCACGGUUCAGCUGUUGGCGAACAGCACGUGGCAUGGCGCCGCGAACGCAUCUCUCGUCAAUAAUCGAGGUGGACUGACCUUGCAGAUUGACGAGACAAGCAUCUGGACCGUUGCACAGAACUCGUUUGUCCGAGGUUUGUCAGUCGUUGGUGGAGACCUUGGGCGCAUCCAGGACCAGGGGUUCACAGUCGCAUAUGAUCAGAAUGCUCCGGAGAGCUCUUGGCUUCAGGGUCGGACCUAUACUCUACAGAAUGGAGGCAAACUCCAGCCUUGGAACUAG